AUGGACGGUCGUCUAGCAGUCUUCCAGAAUUAUGAGCACAAGAAGACCGACGACAAAUCGCCAGCACAAUGGAGGUCAGCUCGAAGUCUGCGAAGACAUAGAAGGAAUUUUCUGCUUCUGGCCUUGGUGGUUCUGGGAUUGGCGUUCUGGCAUAUAUUUCACACUCACUCAACCGUUGUGCAUUUGGCGCAGCGGCGUGAAUCGGUCAACUCCAACGCAGAUGCUCACAAGCGCCAUGAAGGAUUGCACCGUCCGUCGUCGAAAGUGCCGGCUUCUGAAAAGCUGAGCAAAUUACGUGAUACUGUUAAAGACCCGAUCAUCAAUACAGAUGGUGGUAAUGCUGACGCCAAUGUGCGACAACGACAAGAGCCAUCUGAAGAGCAGAAGGGCUCAGAAACGACUGAGGACCACGCCACUGGUCCUGAACCGGAUGCGCCAACCAAGCAGAAGCCGAUUCUCGAUUCACCACGCGCUGAUGAAGACAAGCAGUCAGCAGCAAGGAGAAAUCAACAGAAAGAAGACAGUGAAGAAGACCAGAAUCCAAACUGGAUAAAGGGUCCUGUCAGGGUUGAGGCAGACCUCGACACUAAUCACGAGAAGGAACCUGUGCUAUCAGCGCCUGAUGUUGAAAGUAAGCAGAAGGUGAUCGAAGCAGAACCUGACGAACACCUGGUCCUCGAGGAAACAGCAGAAAAUCUGCCUGAGAUCAUUCAUAUUCCUUUCGAAGAGGCUGUGAAGAGCCACGUACUUGAAGGCUGGGAGGACGACUGGAUCAGCCACGGCAGGUUCGACUCCGACAAGUGGACUCUCAAGGAACCUCAGAUCGAUUUUGUCUAUCUUUGGGUUAAUGGUUCAGAGGAAGCCUUUCAGGAAACGAAACACCCAUUUGAGCUAAAUUCCAUAUUGAACGAUGCUGAAGGGAAUUGGAUCUCUUCUCAUGGCGUCAACCGAUACCGCGACUGGGACGAACUCAGAUACGCUGUCCGAAGUGUCGAGAAAUAUGCUAAGAGCUUCCGGAAUCAAAUCCAAAUCAUCGUCAAUUCAGUCAAAGGUACAAAAGCAGGCAAGCAGGUCCCUACAUGGCUCAACGAUAAGCCUUCGACACGGGACGUUGUGAAGGUGUUGGCACAAGAAGAAUUUAUGGACAGAAAGGCACAAGCUUGCUUGCCCACCUUCAAUUCCUUGACGAUUGAGAACCAACUCUUCAACACGCCAUCAAAUACUGACUACAUGUUCGCUCUCUCCGACGAUAUGCUUCUAGGCAAAACACAUUCAGCAUCUGAUGUGGUCUCUCCUCUUCUAGGUCCAGUCAUGGGCUUCAAGACAAAUCAAUACAAUACCAUUCAUCCACCAAACGAGGACGACGCUCAUCGAUUUGGAGAAAAGCCUUUCCUGAUAUACACGUCGUGGCUUCUCAACAGGCGAUUCGGACAACGUAAGCGAAAAGGCCAAGGCCACUUCGGACAUGCCCUAUCCAGAAGCAUCAUGCGAGAGGCUAUAGGCUCAUUUCCUGGCCCAGAGCUACAAAGUACCUGCAAACGUUUUCGAGGAGAACCCGGCUUCCAGCUCUACUCCUGGUUUGUCACAUUCCACUAUUUGAUCGAGCGAUAUCGCGAAGCUAUGCUCUGGUCCUUGAUCAUGCUCCGAAGCGAUGUCGACGGCGACGGCUACCUCUCCUGGGACGAACGCCGCACCCUCAUGAGUGCCCUCGAAGCCGGCAUGAAAAACGAAGGAAAAGCCGCUUUCCGUACACGGAAUUUUUACCACGUGCGAAAACAUCUCGAGAAUGCAGGAUUAGCCGCUCCCAAAGUCAACACCGAUUUUCUGUGGACUUCCCUCGACGGUCCUUCCUCAUUCAUGAAUCUUGAAUGUGCCGAGUUCGAGGUCAAUGAAUGCCUUGGUCCUGGCUUCUCUAUCUCAAUGAGCGGGUACCAGGGCAAGAAUCCCUCGUUCAGCACAGCUGUCAUUUUCGAACGUGUUGCACGAAAUAAACCACAAUGUGGAGAUUGCUUGCUCAAAGUCGUUCUUAACCAGGUCAAGCAGGGGUUGAGCCCGAUACUUCCAGAUGAAAAGACCCAGGCCGCGGAGCGAGAAUUGGCAGUGAAGGCGCUGAUGCGCUACAAAUAUACUAUUGUCGAGCCGAAUGGGCUGUUCACUAUGCUUACAGAUGCCGAACAAAUUGACAAAAUGCUGGUUGAGAAGUAUGUUAGAGGCAAGACGCCUGUACCUGGACAGCUAUGUUUGAACGACGAUGUGGCGACAGAGGAAGAAAGCGAGCUUGUCGAUAUCCAGAAUGCUAUGAGCGAGUUCUAUCAGGGGCUGUUUCCGGAGAAGAGUGAUUUUGAGAGGUAG